GAAAAUCCCAUUUCGCUGAUGUGUUAGUUUUGCAGUAGACAUUAGCUCCCCGAUCAGUGUAUGGGACGUCUUGGGCCUUAGUUUGCGUUGAAACCGAUUUAGAAACUAGUAAGUGUAAAUCGUAAAUGCACCAGAGAAAGGAAAUAUCGCUCGAACGGCUCAGCAGCACGGGAACUAGGACGUAAAUGACAUGGCGCCUAAAGGUAAGGUUGGAACCAAAGGCAAGAAGCAAAUCCAUGAAGAAAAUGAAGCUACUCUUAAAUUCUACACUAGAGUCAUACUAGGAGCCAAUACUAUAUACACAGCAGUAAAUCUGAUUUUCUAUGAGACAACCUUUUGGACAUGGUUCCUACUGUUGUUUGCACUGAUGGUCUAUGUGGGCAGCUACAGGUCCAUGGCAACCAUGGCCAAACCAGCAUUUGCAGAUGAUGGUAGUUUGCUGGAUGGAGGAAUAGAUCUCAACAUGGAACAGGGCAUGGCUGAGCAUCUUAAGGAUGUCAUCCUGCUCACAGCUAUAGUCCAGGUCCUCAGCACACUUUCCUCAUACUUCUGGUGUCUCUGGCUUUUGGCUCCUGCACGGGCUUUACACCUGCUGUGGGUGAAUGUCCUAGGUCCCUGGUUCUCUGCUGAGUCAGCUGCACCUUCAGAGGAAGUUAAUGAAAAGAAGCAGAGGCGACAGGAAAGGCGGCAGAUGAAGAGAUUCUAGCUAGUCCACAUUCGUUUUUUGUUUACUCCAGAUAAACGGAACACAAGAUGAUCCCCUUGCAUUUUUUUUAAGUGAAAGAAAUACAAGAAGUGAUUUAUUAGCAAUUUAAAAUUUCUCACCAAUCUGUCCUUUUCAACUUUUUUUUUUCUUUGACUUUUUGCCCUCAUUCUCCUUCCAUCACUUCCCCACUCUUUUGCUCAGGGUUCACCUGAUUAUUUUUGUGGGUCGGGGUUAAAAAAAUGCAUCUGUGUUUUGUUUUUUGAUUAGGGCACUAUUUCAUUUUGAAGUGUUACUCACUUUAAAAAAAUGGAUUGCUGCUACUGUUGUAUCAAGCCCACUAGUAAGUGAGACAUGCCAUCAUCAGUGGAAAGUACAGCUACCAACAGGGACCCUGCCUUCAGAAAUUGAGGGCGCAUGAGCCGAUAGAGCUUCAAAGCGCAACCAUCAACUGUUCUUAGAAUGCCUCAUAGUUUUCUAAACUGCAUUUUUAAGUCAAGGUAUAAAGUAUGCAAAGCAUGAUACCGUUAUUACCAAAGUUAAUCUAUAUUCUGAGAAUAUAGCAUUAUCUUUGUUAAAUAUUUUUUCUCCUCAACAAUAUGCUAAUGUGAAAAUGGACUGGUGCCAUUUUGGAAACGUGAGGUAACUACAUGAUGUUGAGUGACAAUAAAAUAGAAUACAGUUA